UGGUUUACCCUUUCGUCGCUAAAAGUGUGUUGCUGACAAAUCCAAAGGUGGACCAAAGUUGCCAUUUUUCCUGCUCGUCUUUCUUCCACCCCAGAUCUGGGUUUGACUUGCCCAAGUUCCCAAAACUGUCCAGAAUCUUAACCAGUUAACCUUCAAGGCUUCUGGGUUGGUCCAAAUUUCUGUUUUUGCAGUUGGGAAUCUGAAAAAGGCGCAGUCUUGGAGGGAGAGAUGGGGUUGAAAGAGAAUGGGAAUGUGGAGAUGGGGAUGGGGAUGUCUGAGUUCCCUCUGGGGAGCAAGAACAAAUACAAGAGGAUGGAGUCUGAAGUGGCAGAUUAUUAUGAUGAUAAUGAUCCUUCACACCAUCAUCAUCAGCUUGAGAAGAGGAGGAAGAGUACUAGGAAAUAUGUUUUUGCCUGUGCUGUUUUUGCAUCGCUUAAUAAUGUCCUCCUUGGCUAUGAUGUGGGUGUGAUGAGUGGAGCAAUCCUAUUUAUUCAACAAGAUCUAAAGAUAACAGAGGUGCAAGAAGAAGUUCUGGUUGGUAUUUUGAGUAUCGUCUCGCUCGUGGGUAGCUUAGUUGGGGGAAGAACCUCGGAUGCGAUUGGCAGGAAGUGGACAAUGGGAUUGGCCUCGAUUAUUUUCCAGACGGGAGCAGCGAUUAUGACAGUUGCUCCUUCGUUUAAAGUACUUAUGAUAGGAAGAUUCUUUGCUGGGAUUGGCAUUGGAUUUGGCGUGAUGAUUGCGCCUGUCUAUAUAGCGGAGAUAUCCCCGACAGUUGAGAGAGGAACCCUAACGUCGUUCCCCGAGAUUUUUAUAAACCUCGGGAUCCUACUCGGUUAUGUAUCUAACUAUGCGUUUUCUGGAUUCCCAGCGCAUAUAAACUGGCGAAUAAUGCUGGCUGUGGGGAUUCUUCCCUCGGUUUUUAUAGCGUUUGCUCUCUUCGUCAUCCCAGAGUCACCGAGAUGGCUGGUUGUGCAGAACCGAGUGGACGAGGCCAAGGCAGUGCUAAUGAAAACGAACGAUAAUGAUGCAGAAGUGGAAGAGAGGCUUGCAGAGAUACAGUUAGCUGCUGGGGGAGUAACGAACGGGGAGAAAUACGAAGAGAAAGCAGUGUGGCGUGAGCUUUUGAGUCCUUCCCCCGCCCUUCGUAGGAUGCUAAUCACGGGGUUUGGAAUCCAGUGUUUCCAGCAGAUAACGGGGAUUGAUGCAACGGUUUACUACAGUCCCGAGAUCUUAAAAGCAGCCGGGAUUGUUGGCGAGUCGAAGCUCCUAGCUGCAACGGUUGCUGUGGGGGUCACGAAGACCGUGUUCAUACUAAUCGCCAUUUUUCUCAUCGACAGAGUUGGAAGGAAGCCACUGAUGUACGCGAGCACUAUAGGAAUGACUGCUUGCCUGUUUGGUUUAGCGUUCUCUCUUACUUUCCUCGGGGAAGGAUCGGUUGGAAUCUCACUGGCAAUACUGUUUGUUUGUGGCAAUGUGGCGUUUUUCUCGGUGGGGUUGGGCCCGGUUUGCUGGGUUGUGACAUCGGAGAUAUUUCCGUUGAAGUUUCGCGCCCAAGCGUCUGCACUGGGAGCCGUGGGCAACCGAAUGUGCAGUGGCCUGGUCGCGAUGUCCUUCCUUUCGGUCUCCCGGGCAAUCACAGUGGGCGGUACCUUCUUCAUUUUCUCGGCAAUCUCGGCCCUCGCUGUCGCCUUCACCUAUAAAUUCAUCCCCGAGACAAAAGGCAAAUCGCUCGAGCAGAUUGAGUCGUUGUUCCAAAACGGACACGAGGGUGUGCCCAUCGGUGAAGUCCGUGUCGGAGAUGCUGAACAUCUGGUGCAGAAAGAAGUGCAGCUCAGAGAUGUGCAGAAAGAGUGAGUGUCAUUACUUGACUGCAAGAAUUCUUUCAUCUCUAUUAUGGAGGAUAGUUUUGGUGCCAUUUCACAUCAACUGUGAGCAUAUAAAUAUGGUAAUAGCACAGAUCUUUGUGGUAAGUAUUGAGGGAAAACUAACAUUGCAUCUUGUUUCUAUGGUAGCAAGCAAGAAUAGAUAUAUGUAAAACAGAAUUUUACACGCACAAGGCGGAGUUUAUCCCGUGCACAUUCUCGGAUAGUAGCAGUGGGUUUCUUUCGUCGCCCAAAAUAGAGAAUUUUACAUAUGUAACUUUGCCCAAGAAUAUGAUUGAAUUCAUUGAAUAAAAUCAUUUUAUUCUAC